GCAAACGAGGGGAAGUGCCGCGUCGCGAGAAUGCAAGGUCUCCGCCCAAGCAGCACAAUGUACUGAAAGUCAAGUGCAAUAGGGGUGGCCGGGUUUUAGGAAUGAAGGACCGAAUGAUGCCGAACGGCGAUAUAGAACUGGCAGGGGUCACGAAGAUCGCAGACGGCUUCUACACGAAUCCCGACUUCGUGGAUGAUGAGAAGGCAAGUGCCCAUGCAUUCGAAGACCAAACGCCGAAGACGAAACGACAGUCCGACGAAGACGUCGAAGACGCACCGCGAUGGCGACGUUUCGUCAAGCCUGUUAUCAUCGUUGUACUUGUGCUCGCGUACAACUGUUACCUUGCUGCUGGGAUCGUCCUCACGUGGCACAAGACGAAGGACUAUUGCCACGACGUCAAAUUUCUCACCGUUGUGACCUGCCUUGUGUACGGCUACGCGUUGCUCAAACUGUUGGAGCACAUUUACCGGCGACAUCUCAAGAAACCUCUCAAGGGCGCCAUCGACUCUCUCACCUGUCGAUGGCUCCAAGGUCAUUCGUAUUGGGUGAGGAUAAGCACAUGGGUAGGAUGCUGGACCGCCGUCCUGGCUUUCCUCAUUUACGACUGUUUGGAGGAUGCCAGCAGGAUGAUCUCAGUGGCAGGAGCGCUCGUACUGAUAUUCCUAGGGUUCGUCUUUUCGAAGCACAGGAAACACGUGAACUGGUAUCAGGUCAUGUGGGGCAUGAUGUUGCAGUUCCUAAUGGGCCUCGUAGUACUCCGCUGGAAGCUGGGCCGUGCCAUAUUCAUGUGCAUAGGCGACAAGGUAGCCCACUUCCUCAGCCACGCUUCAGCUGGUGCAAAUUUUGUCUUCGGUCACUUGGCGACGGGCAUUAACCUGAAGCAGGCACUUGGUGUCGACGCACACCUUGGGAAUCUCACCGAGGAACAGAACAAGACCGAAAUCUUCAAGAGCCAGCUGUUCUCCACGGCUGCAAGCGUAGCUCCAGUGUUUGUGUUCAGUGCCCUCCCAGUCAUCUUCUUCUUUAGUUUCAUCGUCAGCAUCCUGUACUACGUGGGUGCCAUGCAGUGGCUCGUGCUCAGGGUAGGGUGGCUGCUCCAGGUCACCGUUGGGACGACCGUUUGUGAAUCCAUGACCGCAGCUGCCAACAUCUUUCUCGGAAUGUCGGAAGCCCCACUGAUGAUCCACCCAUUCCUGGCGGUCAUGACUAAAAGCGAAUUGCACACUGUGAUGACGGGUGGCUUUGCUACCAUCGCUGGAAGUGUCAUGGCCGCGUAUAUUAAGAUGGGGGUGAGCGCCAGUCAUCUGCUUACGGCAUCCAUUAUGAGUGCCCCGGCUGCAUUGGCAUUCUCCAAGCUUCUUUAUCCUGAAGUAGAGGACAGCAAGACGCAGAGUGAGAACAUCAAGCUGCCCAAAAGCGAAGAAACCAACGUCCUGGAAGCAGCUUGUAAUGGCACUAUCGUAGCGCUGACGAUCCUCGGUUUCAUUGUGGCCAACCUCAUCGGGUUCCUCGCAUUCCUUGCCUUCCUCAACGGGACGUUACUGUGGUUCGGGAAUAUUGUCGGCAUCGAGUUUCUCACAUUCGAGUGGGUGCUGGGCCAAGUGUUCCGGCCACUUGCUUAUAUAAUGGGCGUACCCUGGGUCGACUGCGGACCCGUGGGGGAGCUGCUGGGUGUAAAAACAUUCGCCAACGAAUUCAUCGCUUACGCACAGCUUGGAAGGAUGAAAAGCCAACUACAGGAGCGUUCCGUUGUGAUAGCCACGUACGCGUUGUGUGGAUUCUCAAACGUGGGCUCCGUUGGAAUCGUUCUGGGCAGUCUAGGUGCCCUGUGCCCUGAACGGAAAGCUGACCUUUCGGCGAUUGCAGUGAGGGCAUUAUGUGCUGGAUCAGCGGCUUGCUUUAUAACAGCGUGUAUUGCAGGCAGUUUAAUAUCUUAGAGGAAGCCAACUACUACUGGACAUUAGCGCAGUGUCAAGGUUGUCCAGCUGUGCGUCGUGCAGUGCUCGUGGAUCACCACUUCAAAACUGUGCAUCGAACAAUGCGGACAGACGUGGAGAACCAUUAGACUCAGUUCGGCCAAGACACUGCGCCAAGAUUCGUGAAGGCAGCACAAUCAACCCCUCACGGGUACAAACACCAGUGUACACGGCAAAAACAUUUUACGCCAGUAUUGCCAAGAGUUUUACCCCAGGACCUUGCAAGGAUGACUUCGUACGAGGAAGUGCGAAAAUGUGCUUUAUAUAUAUCUGGGAUCACUAUGCAUAAACUGAUUCGGGUUCAACGAACCUGCGGACUGUAGAGCCAUCCAAGCGCACUACAAAUCAGUAUUUUUAUGAACGCCUCACCAUUCGUAUAAAUGUACUCUCAAUUAUUA